AUGGAUGACGUUAAGGUCGAGAGUUCGAACCAACAAAGAGUAUUUCCUUGUUACAUGAGCUUGUCCACUUUCGAGAUGUGGUUAGGAGCCCUAUCUCACCCACAUGGGUUUCAAUCCAAUUUCGUCUAUCGUGAGCUUGUUACGAACUGUUCUGAUGGCCCGAAGCUUAUGCCCACUCAUCUGUUGAAACUCCAAACUCCAAAGGGCAUGUUGCAUUGGGUGGUUCUUCAAUUACCAAAAAUAAAAACUAUUGGUCCGGCAGAUACAAAAGAAGAGAAAGUAAUUAAAUACUUCCAAAGCAAUAAGCAUCCGGCAAAUACUACAUUGUUAAGAAACCAAGCUUUUCUUAUAUGUUGCGAAGCCAACCAGGGUGAGACGCUAUACAAAUUUCUGGAAUUCAAAAGAUCAGAAUAUCGUUCUCUUGCACAUCCUUGGCAAGAGUUACAUGCCGCAAAAAACUACUCCAAUGUGUACAUUGGCCCUCAAGAAGGCUUGAUGCAAUUGAACAAGAUUUAUGCGUUGCCGGGGCAACCAAUUGGUGUGGAUUUUGAGCAGUAUGCAGGCUAUGUCACAGUAGAUCCACAAGCGGGCAGAGCACUCUUUUAUUACUUUGUUGAGUCCCCACAAAACUCUUCGACCAAGCCAUUGGUUUUGUGGUUAAAUGGAGGACCUGGAUGUUCUUCAUUUGGGUAUGGAGCAAUGACUGAACUAGGGCCCUUCAGAGUAAAUAGUGAUGGCAAAACAUUGUUCCGCAACGACUAUGCAUGGAACAACGUGGCAAAUGUAAUAUUCUUGGAAUCACCAGCAGGGGUAGGCUUUUCUUAUUCAAAUACACGAUCUGAUUAUAACCGCUCCGGAGAUAAAACUACCGCAGCUGAUGCCUAUACCUUUCUUGUCAACUGGCUUGAAAGGUUCCCACAAUACAAAUCCCGAGAUUUUUACAUUACAGGAGAGAGCUAUGCUGGUCAUUAUGUGCCUCAGCUUGCGUAUACCAUUAUGCUCAACAACAAAUACACGCAACAAACUGUCAUUAAUCUCAAAGGCAUUGCUAUCGGAAAUGCAUGGAUUGAUGAUUAUACGAACAUCAAAGGGAUCUUUGAUCAUUGGUGGACACAUGCCUUGAUCUCAGAUCAAACCAUUGAAGCCAUCCACCAGUAUUGUGAUUUUGCGAAAGAAGUAUAUUCAAAUGAAUGUAUGUACUAUACAGAAAAGGCCUCAAACGAGACGGGAGACAUUGAUAUUUACAAUAUCUAUGCUCCACUUUGCCUUAAACCUUCAUCGAAGAAAGGCUCAACCGGUUCUGUCCAUGAUAAUGAUCCUUGUUCAGACUUCUACGUCGAGUCUUAUUUGAACACUCCAGAGGUGCAAAUGGCACUCCACACAAAUAAGAUAACAUGGAGCGGCUGCAGCGGAAAAAUCACGAAAUGGAUUGAUAGUCCAACAACUAUCCUACCCAUCAUUAAGAACCUCAUGAGGGAUGGCAUGAGAGUGUGGAUAUAUAGCGGAGAUCUAGAUGCUCAAGUGCCAAUUACAUCAUCCAGGUAUUCAAUAGACAGCCUCAAUCUUCCUAUCAAGACUGCUUGGCAUCCUUGGAACAUCAAUAACGAGGUUGGAGGGUAUGUAGUUGCAUAUGAAGGGUUGACGUUAGCUACAGUUAGAGGAGCAGGGCUCAUGGUUCCAAGAGAUCAACCGGAACGUGCACUCACCAUGUUUUCAUCAUUCCUUAAAGGAAGUCUCCCUCUUUCUGCACCAUGA